AUGCUGACUAUAAGUAGUAAUAAUAUCAUAAAUAAUAAUCCAAUACCAGCUACUAAAUCUUAUGAAGAAUUAUUAACAAACAGUAUACAAUUAUUGAAAUUCUCAAACAAGCCUCAAAAUUUCAAAACAAAUAUUUUAGUAAUAGGAGGGUCCUAUGCUGGAUUAUCAGCCAUAAGAGCAUUACAACUAAAUCUAACAUCAAAAUUAAAAGAAUUAAAACAAACCAACUCUCAAAAAAAGAUUUCAAUAACUUUAAUUGAACCAAGAAAUGGAUUUUUAAAUAUUUUAGGUAUACCUAAAUGUAUAGUAGACUUGAAAUUUUCAGAAACUCAAUAUAUACCAUUUAAUAAAUUAGAUCAUUUAAGAUUCAAUCAUAUUAUAUCUAAUAAUCAAAAAUUUGAUGAUUCUUGGUACGUUAACAACCUAGAAGAAUGGUCUAAUUUUAUAGAAAUAAAUUACGUACAAGGUGAAUGUACAUUUUUAGAUACUACAAUAGCAAAAUAUAAAUUAAAUACCACCACUCCAGAACAAGAAGAUCCAAAAAUUGAAAAUUUAAUUGGUGAAAUCGAAUAUGAUUUUGUGAUAAUGGCAUCAGGUAGGGAUCGAAAUUGGCCUACAACCCCUAAAUCUCAAACUUUUGAAAUUUUCCAAAAUGAAAUGUCCAAUGCUUACAAUAAAAUAUCUGAAGCUGAAACAAUAUCAGUUAUUGGUGCAGGAGCAGUAGGUAUAGAAAUUGCAGGUGAUAUAGCAACAAAAUUUCCCCAAAAAUGUAUUAAUUUAAUCCAUCCACAUGAUUUAUUUCCUAAUGAACCAUUAAGCGUCGAAUUCAAAACUAUGGUCCAAGAAUCUAUUGAAAAAUGUGGAGUAAACAUUUAUCUAAACACUAGAAUUGCAAAAGAAGAAUCCAAUGGGAAUUUGACGACAACAACUGAUAAAAUUAUAAAUUCAAAUUUAAAUAUUUGGUGUAAUUCAAAAUAUAAUAAUUUACAAUACUUAUCAAAAUCAUUACAAAAUCAAUUCAUUUCAUCAACUAAUCAAAUCCAAACAAAUGAAUAUUUACAAUUAGAUAAUUCAAUACUUACCAUCCCCUAUUUUUUCGUUUUAGGAGAUCUAGUAAAUUUCCCCAUUAUAAAAUCAGCAGGAUGGGCAGCAUUUUUCGGUCGUCAAACUUCAAAUAACAUUACAAGUUUAAUCUUUGAUGGAAUAGUGGUAGAACCUAUUCCUGAUUUAUCAAGUAUGCCUCGUGGAAUGGUACUAGUUGGUGGUAAUGAUGAAAUUAUUAGUGAAUUAGCUGGUGAUGUUAGUUUAAAUCAUGAAGGUUAUAAAAAGGAAUAUUUGGAUUAUUGUAUUGGGAAAGUUAGAGCUACUUUAGAUUUAUGA